UCCUAUCCCGUGCCUAUAUAAUAGGCUGACAUUCUUGUUUGGUGAGAAGGUUACACGAGUGUGCCCAUGCUGAAUGCUGAUAUGUUGAGGUACAGAUAGGGGCGGAUCUCACUAGACCUCAGCAUACAGCAGAUCUGCGGGUUUAUAAACCCACACAUGCGUUUAAAUAGAGAGGGGCAGAUAUCCGCGUGGACUGGAGGACGGACCAAUACCGCGGGAAUGUUUAACUGCAGCUCUGGAGCUGGAGGAGUAUCGGCGUCGCCAGAAAUGACCAGCAGUGCGCAUCCGUGCGUCUGUCAGAGAGGAACCGCCGGAGACCAAACGAGCGCGCUCUGACCAAAGACUGGAUAUCUCGGUUUGGAUCAUGGCAAUGUCAUCUCUCCACGCGCUUGUCUCCAGAAGACCUCUGGAUCUUAUCUCUGUUUUAAACUCUUUGUGGAGUUUGUGACCUGCAAACCUGGAUCUUCGGAAAGUUGCCUCGCUGUUGACGUGUUUUUUGGACCGUUUUUAUCACAAUGUUGAGCUGAUUGGGCAUCGCGCGCGUUCGCCGAAGGUUGCGGGAUCGACUCCCUCAUGACACCAAUGUCCCCCUCUCUCUGGAUCUUAACGAAAACCAUUUCUACAGGCUUGGGAUACUCUAUUUAUUCAUUUUUUCUCUUUCCCCCCUUGCGUCUGGAGUGAAUUUAGGAUGCUGUGUCUGUCUCCUCCAGUAACCUACAACCUGUUAUUCUGGUUUUUAAUUCUCCAAACGCCACAUUUAUCUGCACCUUUAAUUACCGGUACGGAGGCUAGCUGUGAGAACGAGGGAGAAGUGUUACACAUCCCCAACAUCACAGACAAUCCCUGCAUCUCCUGCGUCUGUCUGAAUCAGAAAGCAGACUGUAAGCAGGAGAAGUGUUCGCCGCUGGCAGAGGACUGUGCGCUGGUGGUCAAACAGACAGGAGCCUGCUGUGAAAGAUGCAAAGGUUGUCAGCUAAAAGGGACGUCCUACAACAGUUCCCAUCACUGGAUCAGCCCUGUGAAACCCUGUGUCACAUACAGCUGUCAGGAAGGUGUCAUCACUGAAGCAGAAAUGAGGUGUGUCAUUCACUGUAAGAAUCCCAAAAACCACCCAAAGAAAUGCUGCCCAACUUGCCCAGGGUGUAUUUUCGAGGGAAAUUUAUAUAAAGAAGACGAAGAGUUUCAUCCUGAAGGGAAUCCCUGUAUUAAAUGCAUCUGCACUGGAGGGCAAAGCAUGUGUCAUAAAGUGGUGUGUCCUGUUCUGUCCUGCCCAUCACAUCUCACCCACACUCCACCUGGCCAAUGCUGUCCUAGAUGCCGUGGUCAGAGGAGGGUGUUUGACUUGUCACCUGGCAGCUGUCUGUUCCACAGUGAGGUUUAUGAGAACGGUACAUCCAUUAGCCAUGACAACUGCACCACCUGCACAUGUGUGGACUCUACGGUGCUGUGCAGGAAGAAAUGCUCACCGCCUGGCAGCUGUCAUGGCAGUGCAUGCUGUGAAGAGUGCCAGUCUCACCUGAAGAUGGAAGAUGUGAAGUACUGCAGGGUGAAGAGCAAAAUCUAUAGGGAUGGUGACAGAUGGUCGUCUACUAACUGUUCUCUGUGCACCUGUGUUAAGGGCAAUAUUGAAUGUCAGCCCAAGAUUUGUGUUCCUAUUUCCAGCUGUCCCUCGAACAAGAUACUGAAUCGAACUGGAUGCUGUCCUGUUUGCACUGAUAAGCCAGGUGUGUGUACCGUAUUUGGAGACCCUCACUAUAACACUUUUGACGGCCGCACCUUUAACUUCCAGGGCACGUGUAAAUACGUGCUCACUAAGGACUGCUCUCCAGCGGCCAGUUUCACAGUGCUUGUGAAGAACGAUGCGCGUCGCACACGCUCCUUCUCAUGGACCAAAUCAGUAGAGCUGCACACAUCAGGCCUGAGCAUCAGCCUUCACCAACACCUGACCGUCCGUCAAAACGGCACACGCAUCGCUCUUCCCUUCCAUAGCACAGGGGUCCACAUUGACCUGGAUGGAUACCUGCUCAAACUCACCACCAUCGCAGGACUGGAGAUCACUUGGGACGGGGACAGUCUGGUGGAGGUGGUCGCAGCACCACAUCUGAAGGGGCAGCUCUGUGGGCUGUGUGGAAACUACAACGGUCAAAGACGGGACGACUCUCUAGGUGGAGACGGCCAGAUUAAGUUUGACGUGGAUGAAUUUGCUGUAUCUUGGCGUGUGGAGGACAAUGAGGUGUGUCAGGCACCAAACCGCAGGCCCACGUCCUUCCUCUGUCCCGGCACAGUCAAAGUAAAGCUGCGUGCACACAGGACGUGCCAAAAACUCAAGUCCUGGGAGUUUCAGAAGUGCCAUUCUGCUGUAGACUUUACCUCAUUCUACAAGUCGUGUGUAACAGACAUGUGUGAGUGUCCAGUGCAUAAGAACUGUUACUGUGAGUCGUUUAUAGCAUACAGUCGAGCGUGUGAGAGAGAGGGCAUUCGUGUGCACUGGAGACCGGAGCUCACCUGCAUGAGCACACAUUGCAAACAUGGCGCAGUUUAUGACACAUGUGGACCUGGCUGCACUAAAACCUGCAAUAACUGGAACGAAAUCGGACCCUGUCAAAGGCCCUGUGUUGCUGGCUGCCACUGUCCGGCCAGCCUGGUCCUGUUUGAGGGCCACUGCAUUAAACCUACAUCCUGCCCCGGGCGAUGACCCACAGGACUCGUAUAAAAGCAGAGGGCUGCGAGAAAUCCAAACACACAGAGGGAAAGAGAACUGGGCAUGCAAUUUUGCAAACAGGACUGUACAAUACUCAGAUACUGAGAGAGACACACACCCUCAGCAGGAAGACUCACCACUAGUUCCCUUUAGCUUCUCUGUGGGGACCCAGGAUCUCACUGAUCGCUGUAUGUGGAUUUCUCAUAGGUGAUGAAAACCAAAUCCUAAGUGCCUUACUGAAUGAGCUCAGAGUUACCAAAUUCCUUAUGCUUCAAUCAUAAAAAGGACCUGAGCUGGACAUUAUGUGUGGGGUAUAUGGCAUACAAUAGUAUUAUCCAUUUAUUGGGUCAGCCAGUAUUUAAUUCACAACUGCUUGACCGAAAGGGAAACUAUUUAUGUAUUUGUUGUUUAUUUUGUAAGUCGGGACUCAAAUGUGACUGUUAUAGCAUUAAAGAGAAGUGUACUGUAUUCGUCCAGCCAAGUGUUCAUACACUGAUGCGUGUAUGUGUUAUUAUAAAUGUAUAUUUUACUUGACCCAUUAAGAUACUAUAUAUGACCAGUAUAAAGCUUAUAUACUUUUAAAGAAAAACAUGCUUAUUUCUGAAAAAGUUGUCAUCAGGAAAUGCAGUGACGUUUGUGCAUACAACUCAGGUUCAGCAAUGUCGUGUGGUGAUUCAGGACUGAGAUAUAUAAAUGACUUUGCAGCUAUGGCAGAGGAGCUCAUGAACAAAGCAAAAAAAGAAAAAUAAUCAUAUUAUGUGACAAUGUGGCAAGAAUUUGGCUAGUUACAUAAAACUCGACUUGUAGGGACUGUAAACUGAUAAAACUUUUACAUUACUAACCUGAGUGUUAAGUGUAUAGAGUGUUCAAGUCCUGUAGUUCAGUCGUGAUCAUACAAGUGUUAUUGUUUGAGCUUCAUUAAAUCUGACUAAACACACGGGCACAGCCCUAAAAGAAAACAA